AUGGCAUGUACACACGAGGCACUUGUUCAGACGAAUCAUGGACGUCGGAUGCUUGUGCUCCAAUAUGUACCACAGAAAGGCGUGGCUAACAAGCUCGAUUUAGGACAACCUGACAGUGGAGAACGAGUAGUCCGUUGCGGUGAUGGUUCUUACUGCUGUGACAAUGAUGCUCCCAACUGUUGCAAGGAUUCCACAGUACGCAAGUUCGACAUUGGAGAUCCUAAGAUAUACACACGGAUAGGCGAAGUCGGUGGACCGAAUUCUCUGAAGCAGGAAUCAAGAUUGCCGUCUUCCACUUUGGGAAUUCUUCCAGCGGAGACCCUCAAAUCGUCAUCACCUUAUUCGGAGACGACAUCUCCAUCCAAUGCCACGGCAGUGCAACAACAACGCGAUAACAGUGCUACUCUGAUCGGAGUAAGCGUGGGAGUGCCGUUGGGUCUUCUCCUUGUUGCUGCUGUAGCAGGUGGAAUAUGGUGGAUGCGGAGGAUGCGGAACGAUUUCGCCGAAAGAGAAGAGGCAAUGAAGGCCGACAUGCGAGCAGAAGUCUACAAGGUUUCCGAGUUGCAUUCCAUGACCUCUAGUGUCCAUGAAUUGGAUCCUGGUAAACAUCUGCCAGCUAGGAAAAGUCAAACGACCGCAGAGAUGCCUUGA